AUGGCAAACAUUGAGAGAGCCUUCGGAGUGACGAACAUCAAACACCGUAUACCUUUGGUGUUGGAUCUCGACGUGUUCAACUAUGACGCAUGGAGAGAGCUCUUCCUCACCCACUGCUUAACCUUUGAUCUUCUAGGACACGUCGAUGGAACCUCCGUACCGACCGACGACGAUGAUCUCGCCAGGAAGAAGCGUGAUGGCUUAGUCAAGCUUUGGAUCUACGGUACGCUUGCCCCGCCACUCUUCAAGUCUUCUUUCAAAACUGGUGGUUCAGCCAGAGACAUAUGGCUCCGGAUAGAGAACCAGUUCAGAAACAACAAGGAAUCUUGGAGUCUCAUAUCCAGUGCUGACCUGUUGGAGAAUGUUGAGGCUCCUGUCAGUGACAAAACUCUCGUUAUGUACAUGCUCAGUGGACUUAAUGAGGAGUUUGAUCACAUAAUAAAUGUGAUAAAACAUCAAAAGCCAUUUCCGACAUUUGAAGAAGCUCGCAAUAUGCUAGCGCUGGAGGAAACACGCCUCAACAAGCCAAUCAAGGGGUCUUCUCCUCACUCCGACGCUGCUUCGUCUUCAUCAGCCCUCGUUGCAACGGUUCCUCACAACAAAUCAGCGGACAUCAACCAAAGACAGCAACACAACAACCGCGGCAAUCGCAGAGGCGGUCGAGGACGGGGACGCUACAACUAUAAUCAAAGAUCCUAA